GCUCCCUCAAACCGUAAGCUACAGUGAGGAAGAAGUGAAGCUUGCUCACUAUAUCUUUGCUGAAGAUCUUCCACCUGAUGAACCCUUGGUCCAAAUUAUGUCAGAGCUCUGCUGGUCUUGCGGGUCUUUUCUUUGGUUUAGAGCUGGGUUUUUGGUUUUGUUUUUCUGCAGCAGCUCCUGCUUGCUCAGUCUUCUACUGUAAUUUCUUUUUGUCCUCUUUGUCCUGC